AUGGCAAGAUAAAAUAAUAAUAAGAGCAAUUAAUUAAAAAAAUUAAAGUUAAUCUAAUCUAACCUUUCUUGCUCUUAAAAUAAACUCAGUCUAUUUUUAGAUUAUUAUGAAAUAAGUGAAGAUAUUGCUAUAAUCUUAGGUUAAGUUUUGCAAUAUAACGAAAAAAUUUCAAAAUUAGAAAUGUCUUUUAGGUCUAGCUAUAUCGGUCAUCUACCAUUUAAUAAAUUAAUUUCUAGUUUAGCGAAUUUCACAAAUCUUAAAUCGAUGACAUUAGAUCUUUACAACAACUAAAUUUUAGCAGAAGGGGCAUAUUAAUUAAGUUUAGUGAUAGAAAAUUUCAAAAUUAUUGAAACUCUCAAUAUUGACUUAAGAAGAAAUAAUAUUGGUGAUAGUGGUCUUUUUAAAUUAGCUUCUUCUCUUUAAAAUUGCAAAAAUUUAUCAACAUUGAUUUUUGGACUAAAAUCAAAUAACAUUUAAGGAAAAAGUAUCAUUAAGUCUUUCUCUGCUUUAGCUUAGAUUGCUACAUUAAAAACUUUAACUCUUGAUUUAAGCAAAAAUAACAUAAAUGCAAGUUGUGCUAUUGACAUUUGUUCUGAGUUAGUUAAAAAUAAAACUGUUUAAAAUUUGGAAAUUGAUUUUUCGGAAAAUUGUAUUGGUAAUUUGGGAUUAUUUGGCAUGAGUUAGCAUUUAUUAAAUUCUACAUAAAUUCAAUCUUUAGUUCUUAAAUUAAGCAAUAUUAAAAUAACCGAUGAAGGUCUGUAAUGUUUAGCAAAUCCUUUAUUUUAAGGAAAAAAUAAUCGAAAGUUAGCUCUUGAUAUUUAAAAAAACUAAGUGAGUUAGUAAAGUGUUUCGGAUUUGAUUUCUUGUAUUGGAAAAACAUAAAUUGAGGAUUUUAAAUUUAAUUUUGAUGAAAUGUAGAGAAAAUUAGAUUAAUCUUGCUUAGGAUUUGAUAAAUCUUAAUUUGCAAACCUAAUCAGCUUGGAUAUCCGCUUUGGAAAUCUAAUUUUCUAGGUUUAAAUGGUAAAUUAUAAACAAAAAAAUGGAAGCAUUGUAUCAUGA